AUGUUCCUACAGGAGAAGCGGGAUUCGCGCCCUGAGGACCUUGAGUCUGGGUUACAACCACAGCCGGCCAAGGCGGCAGAUGCACCGCCUGAUGAAUCGGCUCCGGCGCCGCUAGCCGAAAGCGGUGUCGCCGGCCACCGCGAUUUCCCGGAUGGCGGAGUCCAGGCUUGGUUACAGGUCGCCGGGUCAUUCGCUCUGUAUUUCAAUCAUCUCUACGGCGUGUUCCAGAACUACUACGAGACGGAGCUUCUGGCCGGGACGUCGGCGUCCGUCAUCUCCUGGGUCGGCUCCGUCCAGAUUUUCUGUUUCGUGGCGGUCGCGGUGAUAACGGGACCACUCUACGACAUGGGUUACUGCCGAAGCCUCAUCAUUGCCGGAGCGGCCUUCGAGACCGGCGGCUUCAUGCUGACCAGCAUCAGCACCAAGUUUUGGCAGAUCCUCCUCGCCCAAGGUAUCUGCGUCGGCCUCGGGAUGUGCUUCAUUUCGAUGCCGUCCAUGGCCAUCGUGCCACUGUACUUUGGAAAGCGAAGGGCCCGAGCCAUGGCCACGGCCACAAUCGGCAGCGGUCUCGGCGCGGCUGUGUAUCCCCUCAUCUUCCAGAACCUAUUGGCCAAGGUGGGCUUCGGCUGGACCAUCCGUGUGCUCGGCUUUAUCACACUGGCCAUGUGUCUAUUCGCACUUUUCACCCUCAAACCGCGGCCCAACCCGGAGAAGCCUGCGUGGCAGGUCAAGGGUUUCUCGUGGCGAUGGUUCAUCGACCUCUCGGCUUUCAAAGAGCUCACCUAUGGCUACGCCCUUGCCCAUGGGAUGCAAGGCCUGACACUCUUUGGCUACCUGCUGACAAUCAUGAAUGCAUCGUCUAUUGUCGGUCGAAUUGUGUCAUCUUUUGUGGCUGAUAAAUUCGGCUCUCUGGAUACCUAUGUGGUCGUUCUGACAUUUGGCGGCGCGUCCAUAUUCUACUGGCUGAGUGUCGUCAACAUCGCCGGCAACGUCGCCUUUGUUGUGCUUUGGGUUUUCUUUUCAGGAGGCGUCGUCUCACUCACCAACGUUGUAUUGACAGGAAUUACGCCCGACCUGAGCCGCUUAGGAACGCGUCUGGGCAUGGUCUCAAUGAUUAAAGGCUUGGGAGGACUCAUCGGGCCGCCCAUUUCUGGCGCUGUCCUCGAUGCCACGGGUCAGUAUCUAGGAGUGCAGCUGAUUGCCGCGUGCGGCAUGAUGCUGACUGCUGUUGUGAUGCUUGUAUUGAGAUUGGUCGUUGCUGGGAGAUUGUUAAAGUAG